AACACAGCCCCUACCUCCAAUGUCCUACCACACCAGCAAACAUGCCCUCCUUUUCCACCCGUUCACCUACCACUAUUACAACUCUUGAGCAAACUCUGUAAUAUCAUACAUCUAGAAAUUAUUACAAGACUCCAUUUCCUAUCAAAUUUCAUCAAAGUAACACAAAUUUUGAAUAGCUCCAUUUUGAAUUCAUUCUUCUUAGAUCAAGUUCCCUAAUUUCUUCUUAAACCCAUCACUGAAAUUUCAUCAAAAAACACAUCUUUACUCAAAUUUAGUCCAAAAAAGUUAUAGUAAAUGAAGAAGCUGAGAAGCUUUUACAAAAAACUCAAACACCCACCAAUAAUGGAAAGCAAAUGGAUCUAUCCACUUGCAAUAGCCUCAAUUGUUUCCAUUUUCAUCGUAUUCCUUACAACCUUAAUUUCACCAAAUGGCACUCCUUUAAUACCCCUUUCCAUUUUCGUCGAAUCAAAGCUUCAAUCUUUACCUAUUUCCGCCGCUCCCCCGCCUCCUCGUUUCGCCUACUUAAUCUCCGGCUCCGCCGGCGAUGGCGGCAUGCUGAAACGGACCCUUCAAGCUCUGUACCACCCCAAUAACCAUUAUGUAGUGCACCUUGAUGCUGAGUCAUCAGCUGAUGAGAGACUUGAUUUGCAUAAUUUUGUGGUUAAUCACAAAAUUUUUGCUAAAUUCACGAAUGUAAAAAUGAUUAGUAAAGCUAAUCUUGUUACUUACCGUGGGCCCACUAUGGUGGCUAAUACUUUACAUGCUGCUGCUAUGUUGUUGAAAGAAGGUGGUGAAUGGGAUUGGUUUAUUAAUUUAAGUGCUUCUGAUUACCCACUUGUUACUCAAGAUGAUCUAAUUCAUACAUUUUCGCAUAUACCGCGGGAUCUUAACUUCAUUGAUCAUACUAGUGAUAUUGGCUGGAAAGAGUUUCAAAGGGCAAAGCCAAUCAUUGUUGAUCCGGGGUUGUAUUUGAAUAAGAAAUCUGAUGUUUUCUGGAUUAGACAGAGAAGAAGUGUGCCAACAGCUUUUAAGCUUUUUACAGGGUCCGCUUGGACGGCCCUUUCUCGACCCUUCAUUGACUUCUGCAUAUGGGGUUGGGACAACUUGCCUCGAACUGUACUUAUGUACUAUGCAAACUUCAUCUCAACUCCGGAAGGUUAUUUCCACACUGUCGUCUGUAAUGCUCAGGAGUUCCGCAAUACCACAGUAAACAGUGAUCUGCACUAUAUAUCGUGGGAUAACCCUCCAAAGCAGCAUCCUCAUUACCUUACUCUUGAUGACAUGCAAAGAAUGGUUGACAGUAAUGCCCCAUUUGCGAGAAAGUUCCAUCAAGAUGAUCCAGUACUUGACAAGAUUGAUUCUGAACUUCUGUUUCGAGGUCAAGACAUGUUUGUCCCUGGUGGCUGGUGCAUAGGGAAUCGGGAGAAUGGGACAGAUCCAUGCUCCGUAGUGGGUAAUAUCACAUCCCUCAGACCUACUGCAGGGGCAAGGAGAUUGGAAAUUCUGCUAGGCUCUCUCUUAUCAAAUGACAAUUUUCGUUCAAGGCAAUGCAUAUAGUGAAACAAAGUUAUUGAAACUAGAUUUCUUUGUGAUAGAUCUUCAUAGAGAAGAAGCAGGUGAUGUUAUGAGUUGACAGUUUUCUUCGCGAGAGUGAAGACUUCUCUGAAUGUACGAUAUAUUGUUUGCUUCGAGAUCAGCAGUAGCGGGUUAUACUGCAGGAAAGAAGUAUGUGCGAAUAUAGAGUAUUGUUCCCGGAAUGCGAGGGCACGUGAAUCCGGUCAUGGUUUCCUGCUCUACCAACGUUUCACCUACUUGCCCUGUAUUGACAUGGCAUUUGCAAUUCCUUUAUGCUGAAGUUAUCACUUGCUAGGAUGGAGCAUUGUUGGAGUGUGAGAACUCAGGGGAAGAAAGGACGUGUAGCCUAUCUGGUGAGAGUUUCUUUUUGUUGUAAACAAUAUUAAAUAGAAUAUACUUUAUACAAAUAAUCGGAUCUUGGAACGCUUU